GGCGCCUGCAGGUGUGUUUGCGCAUGCGGGGGAGGGGAGAAAAUGGCGUCGCGGGGCUGCCCUGGCCGGGGCCUGAAGUCUGUGCUCUCCGGGAAUCCGCAGUCACACACCUGUCCUUCGUCUCCGGCUCCCGUCCCCUCCCGCUCUUACAGUGUCCAGGGCCACGCCGUCAGGUUGCCGGGCGGCACGUCCCUCAGUGUUACCUCAGAUGCGGCUGACCCCUCACUCCUGAGGGCCUGCGGCUCGGCUCCGCUCAGGCCUCUGGGGAGGGUCUUACCGAGCAGCGGCUGGUGCCCGUCGCCCCAGGACCGUUCGCGGGACCGCACUGCUGCCGGCGCCCAGGGACGGCGGCCGUGUGGCAGCGGGAGCCGAGGACCCCGCCCACUGCGCCCCUGGGGGCGCCUUCCCGCCAGUGCAGCGCCGGGUCCGAAGGGGAGAGCUCCCCGAGUGUCAGUGGUGGGUGCAGGGUCGGCAUGGAGUGGGGUUACAGCUGGAGGUACUGACUGGAUUAAGGAGAGGGGCUCCCAGGUACCAGAACCCCAGGGUGCUCCUGCCUCAGCCCAGGGCCUGGGGCCAGGCAGAUGUCAAGGCUUGAGUUGGGGGAUCAAGACGGCCACGAGCGAUGGGAGACAUGGGCUGGUGAUGACGAUGGGGGAGGAGAGGAGGAGCAUGGAGGGGAUUUAA